UUUCCAACCAGGGCCAGGCAGAAUGGCUCCCCCAGAGAAGGGUAGCAAGAAGAAGGGCCAUUCUGCCAUCAUCAAGGUAGUGACCAGAGAAUACACUAUCAGCAUUCACAAGUGCAUCCAUGGAGCAGGGUUCAAGAAGCGUGCCUCUCAAGCAUUCAAAGAGAUCUGGAAAUUUGUCAUGAAAGAGAUGGGAACUCCAGAUGUGUGCUUUGACACCAGGCUCAACAAAGCUGUCUGGGCCAAAGGAAUAAGGAAUGUGCCAUACUGUAACCAUGUGUGGUUGUCCAGAAAACGUAAUAAGGAUGAAGAUUCACCAAAUAGGCUCUAG